AUGGCUAUCGACACACUCUCUCUCCAAGGCAAAAUCGCCAUAGUCACCGGCUCCGGCAGAGAAAACGGUAUUGGUGCUGGUAUUGCCAUCGCCUUGGCUAGAAACGGAGCAGCUGUUACCAUCCACUAUGUUAAAGACUCUGUAACACAGCGAGCUCAUGCCGUGGCCGAAAAGAUCAAAGAAGAUGGAGGCAAAGCCAUCGUGAUCCAAGGAUCAAUCGAAACCCCACAAGGAGCUCAGUACUUGGUCAACGAGACUCUGAAAGGCUUUGAUGCUGGUCAUAUCGAUAUCCUAGUCAACAACGCGGGCGUAGGCAUAUUCGGUGAGACAUUGACUGUUGAUCAAGGUGAUAUAACGCAGCUGUUCGACGUCAAUGUCAAAGGACCCAUCUUUGUCGCCCAAGCCGUUGUGCCUGUGAUGCCACCCGGAGGUCGAAUUGUCAACAUCAGCUCUAUAGCAUCCAAGAUGGGGGAUGACAGUGUCCCUAUUUACGGUGCAUCCAAAGCUGCUAUUGAUAGUCUUACAUGGUCGUGGGCGAAAGAAUGGGGGCGAAGCAAGAAGAUCACUGUCAACUCUGUGGCUCCUGGACCAGUCACCACCGACUCGAAUCCUUAUGAAGAGUUCCAGAAGCCUUCUAUCGAUAUUACGAGAGCUGCUGAUAGGGCUGGUACACCAGAGGACAUUGCCGAUGCGGUGCUUCUGUUGGUGUCUGAGAAAGCACGAUGGAUUACGGGACAGUACAUUUCGGUCAGUGGCGGAGUUACAAACUAG